AUGGAUGCACAAAGGCACUCACAAGCCCACAAUGAUAAUGAUUCAAAAACUAAGUAUCCGCACUGUAAGACUACACUUGCCAUUGAGAAACAUGCUUCAGAAGUCUAUACAAACUCUGUAUUCUAUGAGUUUCAAGAUGAAGUGCAUAAAGGUUGUUUUUCUUGUGAUAUUGAAGAUUUAAUUAAAGAAAAUGAACAGGAAAUUACCAUAGUGAAAGAAGAUGAUCGAAGAAGAACCUAUGAGGUGGUGUUUAAUUGCACUACCAACGACACAAGAGGCUCUUGCAAGAUGUUUGAAAGGAAAGGAAUUCCAUGUAGACACAUGUCUUCAGUUUGGAAGAGAAAGAGGUUAGAAUUAAUUCCUGAAAAAUAUGUGCUAAAUCGAUGGACUAAGAUGGCAACAAAGAAGCCAAUCUUAGGCUUCGAAGGAAAUAUUAUGGAGCAAUGUGCAAGGAUGGUGGAUAGGAAGAAAAUUUUGAAUGAUUUAUGGUCAGAAAUUCAUAGUUGUGUGAGUUUGGCAGAGGAUAAUGAAGAAGAUCUUAGUGAUCUUGUGAAAAGCAUUCACACACUAAGGUUGGAGUUAGAAGCUAAGAAGAGUGGAAAUGUUCCUCCACCUAGCAAAACUCAAGACAUAGAGUUCCUUAUUGGAGCAACUGCUCCAAUUGAGACCUUGAUCAAACCACCUAAAAUUUCAAAGAACAAGGGAAAUGGUCCUAGUGGGGAAAAAGCUGCAACCAGUGGCACCGGAAGUGACAAAAGGUUGAAAGGAGACAAAGAGAAGGCUAUUGAGCAACAACAAAAGAAGAAGAGGGUAUGUCGGGGAUGCGGGGAGCUUGGUUACCAUGAUAUCCGCAAUUGCCCCGAAAAGCUAUCUUCAUAA